UUGGUGAUGUGUUUAAAAUUUCGUUCCGUGCUGUAAAUUAUUGUUAAUAAGUCUUUUAUCUUGUAAGUGUUACUACGUAGCGUUGUUAACCAAUGGCCGGAAGCAGAAGUACAGUGGACGAACGUCUGAUUGCUCGCUUUAAUCAGGAGCUGGGGGCGGAUCUCAAAAACAUCCACAAAUGUGGCGAUUUGGCCAAGUAUUAUCGGUCCGAGUUGGAAGAUUUACGAGACAAGAUUACAGUUACCGAUGCAGGAUGCAUUCCAAGCGUGAAGAGCAUGAUCGAAACGGGUCGAACCAAACUGAAAGAGUUGGACGAGAAGGAGACCAGUUUGGAUGCAUUUGAGGAGAAUAUAAGCGGUCGGAUCGAAAUAUACCAUCAGCUGAUGAAGGAGGUGGGUGACAAGAUGCAGGAAAUCCGGGAGCUUCAAACCGUGCGAGACUAUAUGGCGUUGGUAAAGGACAUCGAGAACGUCAGUCAGGAACUGGAAGCGUCCAUCAACGGAAAGGAUGAUAAUAAACCGAUCGCGCUGUACGUGGCACUUACCGGUCCGAACAGCAUUCUCGAUCGUAUCAGUGGCAUUGAGGCACCGCAUCUGAAGAUGUACGCUCGUAACACUGCAUUUCAUUGGCACGAUGUGCUAACGGCGAAAUAUUCGGCUGAAUUCGAAUCUUUGCUGAAGGUAAUCAAAUGGCCGAAUCUGAACCAAUCGCUGGAACAGUUUAAUCCUUCCAAAGAUCACGUCAACAAGCUCGUACUGUUGGCGGAACAUCUUUUCCUGGUAAAGUUGCCCGGUGACCAGGAUCUGUUGAACGUAAGACUUACGCCGUGUAUUAUCUGUCCGCACUAUACGACACCGAUAGCGCUGUUCGUGAAACCGUUCAGAUUGCGCUUUCAGUUUCAUUUUACGGGAAACAAACAAACGAAUAGGCUGGAUCGACCAGAAUGGUAUUUGACGCAGGUGCUGAUGUGGGCCAAGGAAAAUCACAUCUUCGUCGGUCAACAUUUUCAAUCACCUGCGCUAAGAGCCGGUAUAGCGAACAGCAGUGUGCGGUUGGAAUUCGUUCGUGGAUUGGUACAGUUAGCCAUAGAGAAAUUGAUCGCAGACAUUGAACAGAUCGUGCAGGACGAGGCGUUGUUUGCACAUCUGAUCGAUGAGGUAUUACCAUUUGAACAGGAUCUAAAAACAUCGCUCGGGUAUCCAAACAGCUAUCCAAGUGUGGUAUCGGUGCUAGUGCAGCCUCUCUAUUUUCUCAAAUGGAUGGCUAUAGAGAAGAAAUUCACAACGGAUAAGAUGGAUGCCAUGCUUAACACAGAAGAUCCCUUCGAACUACUCGAUCCAGCUAACUUGGAUGAAUUGAAAAUUCCCAAAUGUGCCGAUCAGUUCAUACGAUUGCUGGACGCAAUCAAAGAGCGAUACUGCUGCCUCCCUCAGCCUAGUCAACAGCUACAGUUCCUAGAACUGCAGCUCGAACUGAUCGACAAUUUUCGAUGUCGCCUACUGCAACUGUACAACGACGGUGUGAAUCCGACCAAAAUUCUGAACGCACUCAACUAUCUGACCUCGGUGCUGCGUGAGUGGGGUGAGAAUGUGCACUACCUGCAUCUACAUGCCGCUCUGUAUGGCCCAGAUGUGGACGAAAUUAGUUCCGUGUUUGAUCGUACGAUUGAAGAGCUGAACUACUGUCAUCAGAAGCUCGUGGAGGAACUGGUGACGUGGAUUGUGCAUGAAAUCACAUCGAGAUCGCGUCCGUAUCGGUACGAUUUGUGGCCUUCGAUGAACGCUCAUGAUGCGAAAGAAACGCUUAUGGUAUCGGCAUCGGCAAGCGAAAUGUUUCAGAUGACCAUCAACCAUCUUCACGACAUGGAGCAGGAGCUGUCGACGAAUGUGUUCAUGAUCGUGGUGCGUAUGAUCGCGACCGAGCUGGACCAAUGGAUGAUCUCCAGCAUGGUGAUGAACACCAAGUUUUCCAGCGGCGGUGCACAACAGUUUCAUUUUGAUAUGACCCGCAACCUGUUCGGGCUGUUUAGUCAGUACGCAAAGAAGACGAAUUUAUUGUUUAAACGGAUUAAUGAUACAUGCACACUGCUCACGUUGCCGCUUGGUUCUGCCAUGUUGCUGAGGGAAACGCUACUAUCAGAAACGAUCGACGAGGAUGGUUUGACGCGUGCCCUUCAGGAGGUGGGUUUAAUAGUCUUUGAUAAAAACAUUACCCUUGCAGUGCUCGAUCGACGAAACGAUAUGCCACGGAUAGGCUGAGUGUGAUCGAAAACACAAUAAAAGGGAAGUAAAUGUUUACUCUUUCCGGUUAAGGGUUAACAUAGAUCAUGUAUUAUCAAGCUAUUCUCUUUAUAAGUAGUAAGAACUAGAAUUAAUACGGCUAAGCGGUAUGCUGUGGUUCAUGUUUAACGUCAGUUCGACAACAACAGUUAAGACUCCGGUUGGUAGCGGUAUGCAUUUCGACAAAUAUCUGAUCGAGUGGUUUACCCUUCGUUUCGGGUACGAGUACGAAGACAAACACUACGAACGCAGCUGAACAGGCAGCAAAAAUCCAGAAUGAAAGAUACGUUCCCGCUUCGUCGGAGAUGAGCUGGUAAAGCUUCGACACACCGAAUCCAACCGAACCUGCAAACAUGGUGUAAAUGGCAGCGGCAACUGCUUUUACGUUAGUGGGGAAUAUUUCCGCUAAAAUAGCGAAAGGUACCGUCGCCAGCCCGACAGUGUAGAAUAUAAUGUAAAUCAUGAUGACGGCAAGUGGAAUCCACCCUAUUCCAUCGACAUCGACUUCUUGUUCGACUAGGAAGAAGUACAGUCCUACGAUGAAUGUGCCUACAGCGCAUCCUAUGGUGGAAACGAGUAGCAAUGGUCGACGUC